AAACUCUCAAGUAUCUUUCAGACAAACGUGUUCUAUGUAUUGAACUUUGUACCGGGAAUGUUUAUCAUAAAUAUUAUGCUUAACAGUUCAAGACGCUUUAGUUGUCGUUUAGGUUCAUAUCAACGACAGAAAACUCUUGUAUAAAAGAUGAAGCUGGCACCUUGUUUCGUCGUUCUGGCCUUUCUGGCAACAGCUUAUUCAUUAAACAAUGGACUGGCUGGAACCCCUCCCAUGGGGUGGUUGUCAUGGGAACGAUUUUUGUGUAACGUCGAUUGUGAUCACGAUCCACAAAACUGCAUCAGUGAACGACUGUACAAAGACAUGGCGGACCGAUUAGCACAUGACGGGUUUAAAGAGCUAGGAUACGAAUACGUUAACAUUGAUGACUGUUGGUCGGAUAAGAGUAGAGACCCCAAUGGUCAGUUGGUUGCUGAUCCGAAACGUUUUCCCAGCGGUAUUAAGGCCCUAGCCGAUUAUGUUCAUUCUAAAGGUUUGAAAUUAGGUAUUUACCAGGACUGUGGUAGUAAAACUUGUGCAGGCUAUCCAGGAAGCGCUGACCAUUUCGAGAUCGAUGCUCAAACGUUUGCUGAUUGGAAUGUUGAUAUGUUGAAACUAGAUGGUUGUUACGCUGAUCCUAAGGAUAUGGAUAACAUCUACCCUCAAAUGACCAAGGCACUGAACUCUUCUGGAAGGUCUAUCGUGUUCUCGUGCAGCUGGCCAGAUUACCAACGAGCUGAGGGAAUGAAGCCAAAUUACAAGCUAAUUGGUGAAAACUGUAACCUCUGGCGAAACUUUGAUGACAUUGCUGAUUCAUGGAAGAGUGUGCUCUCGAUCAUUGAUUACUAUGCAGCAAACCAGGACGACCUGAUAGCAGCAGCUGGUCCAGGGAAGUGGAAUGAUCCAGACAUGCUAAUCAUCGGUAACUUUGGACUAAGUUUUCACCAAGCGAAGGCCCAGAUGGCGCUGUGGGCAAUUUUUGCAGCUCCCCUUCUGAUGUCGAAUGACCUAAGAGCUCUUGAACCAAAAUUCAAAAUAAUUCUGACGAACAAGCACAUAAUUGGUGUGAAUCAAGAUCCACUUGGCCUUAUGGGAAGGAGAAUUUACAAUCAACAGAAUAUUGAAAUCUGGACUCGGCCUGUUACACCAACAAAAGACAGUUACUAUUCAUAUGCUGUUGUUUUCUUCAAUCGUCGAGAUAUGGGUAGUGCCGUUGAAGUCAAUACGACCAUGAGUGGAAUUGGCCUAAAUUACAGUGAGGGCUAUGAUGUUCAGGAUCUCUUUCGCUGGUGGAGAUCUCCAGUGCACUUGAAUCCUGAAGAUACUCUCAGUGUUAAAGUUAAUCCGUCAAGUGUUGUUAUGGUGAAGGCGAAAAUUUCUAAGAAAAAGACGAGAAACAUUCCUUACACUCGCACAGCAAUCUUUAAUUAUUAGUUUAUUGUAAUUAUUACAUCGAGUCUUACCUAUCACUUUGAGUUCUAUAAUCCCCUUUUAAAAUAAAUAUAGGUGUAUACAAGAUAUAUCAAAGACACGAAUGUUUCUUUGAAGAAAAAUAUAUAGUAUACUCAAGUUUGCUUAUGGUGCUAAACAGGAAUAAAAUUUCAUCUUUGUCAAACAUAAAAUUGUUUGUGAUUAAACAGUUGUAUUUUUUGAUAUAGCUUUAUAUUCUACGUUUCUGCAACUUAAUAUGUCGUAUAAAUGUAUAAUUUUCAGACAUUUAGUGAGCUUUUAAUAAUUUUUAGUAAUUAUGAAACUGAUAAAUAGCAGAUGGUAUCUGUGAAAGAUAAUUUUAUGACCACAAAAAACAUUUGUUCUUUGUAGUGAUUGUAUUACCAAUGUUUAAAAACUGUGAGGUGUGAUUUGUACAAAUACAAAUAUGAUUAGGUGUAUAAGAGAUGGUACAAAUAAAGCUGACAAGUAUUUUCAAUGUUCAA